GAAAGUCUUAACUCACUACUCAGCUGUUCUUCAUGUGAUCAACAACAAUGGCGGAGGAAACAACACCACUUGUUCGUUCGUCGCAAAAUGCUGAUAAUUCAGACUCGUAUGGAGGAAGAAGUGUUACCGAUUACUUUGGUGAUGGGACGGUGUUGGGAGCAGAUGAAGUCCCACCUCCAUAUGACCACAGCACCACAGGCAGACCCAUGGUCACCUGCAGGGUGUGCCAGACCAUGAUAGACAUCAGUGGCAAGAUGGAACAGCAUGUAGUCAAGUGUGCAAAAUGCUCUGAAGCAACUCCCAUCAAGAAUGCACCCGCAGGCAAGAAAUACGUGCGAUGUCCGUGCAAUUGUCUACUUAUAUGCAAGAGUCGGUCCCAGCGUGUUGCGUGCCCCAGGUCUUCAUGCAAACGCAUCGUCAAUUUGUCACCCCCGCCUGUGAACCCUAACACCCCCACAGCCCCGGGCAUGUGCCGAGUCACCUGCGCUCACUGCAGUAUGAUCUUCUUGUUCAACACUCUGACAAAUGCUUUGGCAAGAUGUCCAAACUGCAGGAAAGUGUCAAGCGUUGGCAGGGAAUAUGCCCGCUGCAAGACCCUGAUAUUUUUGACGUUGUCGGUCCUCAUGCUCAUCAUUUGUGCCGUGGUCGUCUUCACCACCAUGUCCUACACCAACGCCGGUCAUCCUGCUGUAUAUCUCAUAUACAUAGUUCUGUUCCUGGUGCUGGCAUUUCUGCUGUACCGGACCAUCUAUUACUGCUCCAUGAAAGUCAGCCUCAUAGACGGGCCCUUAUAAUAUUGCAAGCUCUGCACCACCGGGGCCCAUUGCUGCUGUACCAUCGAUAGUGUGUCACCAUCUC